AUGUCUCUGAUGAUGGGCUCGAGUGAGAACCCGAAACGUCAGGCCAAUAAACUUCUUGUCCCAGUGAUCGCAUCUUCAUCUUCUGAACUGCUACCUGGGACUCGCCUGUUCGCUUCUAUCAGCAAUCUUUUUGGGCGCGAAGCGCUCCGAUCGGCUCGACGGUGGGAAACCUUUGCCCUUCGAGAGUCGUCAACAUAUGCGCAGAUUCGAUUUCUGCACAGGUGUCUCGACAACAAUGUGCUGCCGAAGUGCGUUUCAUACAAACCUCCGGUCAACACAGAGCUGGCGAGACGCGCAGUACUUCAGCACGGCCGACGAAUGAUCCGAGUGCUCCUUCAAGACUGUCACUCACGGAUUCGCAAAUACCGUCAGAGGAUUGACCAAGAGAAGGCAAGGUGCUGCGAGUUCAUGGGCGAGGACGGCAUAAAACUGCUUCAGCAGAGGCUGGCCGAACGAACCCGCGAACAUAAAGCAACGCGAGAAGCAGCCCUAGAGAGCAAAUUUCGUAAGCUGCCUGCUCCAAUGUCAUCCAAGAACGACAAACUGGUGCACAACUUGUCGUCAAAGGAGCUGACGGAGGAACAAAUGCAGGUUUUACGGCAUGAGGCCUCAUUCAACACAGCCGAUGCCAAACCUGCCAACAUGAUCGCAGCAGUGGAAUCAAUCCUCAGCCAGACGGGAGCGACAGACGAAACGAAGAACCUCAUUCGACACCAAGUGUCCUCCCUCCUCAUGGCUCAUAGGCCGCGCGAUGUGCUUUCCAAGGUCGAGCGUGAUGCACUUAAAGAACUCAGGGCCGACAACGACCUCGUUAUCGUGCCUGCGGACAAGGGGCGUUCAACGGUCGUAUUGGACAGGACAGACUACAAUCAAAAAGCCAAAAGCUUGUUGGAUGAUCGUCAGUCCUAUGUGCCAUGCGAAUCCAACCCCAUGAAAACGCUGACACGCGAGAUUAACGCGACGCUGUUGGCAAUGGAGAACUCAGGUGCAAUAUCGCCAAUCGACCGACGCAUGGCGAGAGCACAAGAAACGGCCCUAGCCCGAUUCUACGGUCUCCCAAAAGUGCACAAAGAGGGCGCUCCUCUCCGGCCUAUCGUGUCACUAAAGGGCACUCCAACCUACGGACUGGCAAAGUGGCUGUUCCAACGUCUCAAGUUUCUGACCUCCGAUUCGAACACCACAGUCAGCUCGUCAACGCAAUUCUUGGAGAAACUUAAAGGAGUAAGUCUCCUGCCAAGCGAUAUCAUGGUUUCCUUUGAUGUCACGUCCCUUUUUACUUCUAUCCCGCAGGACCUGGCAGUCGAGACAAUCGAACUACUCCUACGAGAGAAGUACGACGAAACGGAGAAUCGCCUCGGACACGCCCAAAUCAUCCAGCUCCUGAAGUUCUGUCUCAAGACGUACUUUACAUUCGACGGAACAAUCUACGAGCAGGUGAAGGGAACGCCAAUGGGUUCGCCGAUUUCGGGACUCAUAGCCGAGGCGGUCCUUCAACGGCUGGAGUCGCUGGUUUUCCGACACCACAGACCGAAAUUCUGGGCUCGGUAUGUGGAUGACACCUUCGUCGUCAUCGAACGGGAUCAGGUGCUGACUUUCAAAGAACAACUCAACGCCGUCUUCCCGGACAUUCAAUUUACGAUGGAGGAGGAGGAAAACAAUCAGCUGGCCUUCCUGGAUGUCCUCGUCUGCCGCAAAGAUUGUGGUGGCCUAAAAACCAAAGUGUUCAGGAAAGCGACAAAUACGACGCAAAUACUGAACUUCAAUAGCAACCACCCGAUCAGUCACAAACGCAGUUGCGUAAGGGCGCUAUAUCGGCGUGUUGAGACGCACUGCACUGAAAUGGAAGACAAGGUUGCUAAAUUAAAAUAUCUUCGACGGGUAAUGAGAGCCAAUGGCUACCCGCGCAACUUUGCCAACCAGUGCAUACGAAAAGGACACCAGAGACGAAAUCCAACUAGCCCCAAAUUUUGGCGGGCUCUUCCGUACGUGAAGAACGUCUCGGAAGCCGUCAGUCGUCUUCUCACUCCACUUGGAGUUGGGGUUGCACACAGGCCGGAAGCAACCAUUAGACGCCAAGUAAUGAGGCCAAAAGACCCGCUGCCACGGCAGGAAACGUCUGGAGUCGUUUACCGGAUCUGGUGUAGUUGCGGACAAAGCAAUUAUGUCGGAGAAACUGGGAGAUUACUCCGUACGCGACUUGCCGAGCACGCAGCAGCAGUGAGGCGGGGAGACGCUAACUCUCAGGUGGCAGCACACUCGACGGGACCCGGCCAUAUUAUCAAAUUUCAAGAGGCCGAAAUCCUCGCAAGGGGUGACAACCGCGUGAGCCGCGAGCUGCUCGAGUCAUGGUUCUCAGGCCCGCAAUCCAUCAACAAACACAAUGACCUCCCGGUGGCCUAUUCCGUAUUGCGAUUUUCCCUGGGCAGGAGAAUCAGUCACGUGGGGAGGGCGCGGGUGAGCAAUUAUCACGGUGACAGUGAGCCAGUUUGCCGAGCAAUCGUCACACCAGCAUCGAGAACGGAUCACGAAAUCGCGGCCAUUAACAACUCGGACUCAGACCGCCAAGCCACCGCCGCAUCAAUUACGACCCCAGCGGCGAUUGUGAUAACUGUUAAUUGCAGUGCGCAUACGGUCCCACGGCAGCCACGUGCUAUAAAUACUGCACUCCUGGUGCCACCUUCACCUCUAUCUGCGAAUGUCUCUGAUGAUGGAUUCGAGUGA